AUGUCUCCUCCGUCUUCUAGUGAUAAAAAACAAUCUGGUAUUGCCAGAGUCCUUGGAUCAGCUUCCGCUGGUAUCUUGGAAAUUGGUGUGUUCCAUCCAGUGGAUACUAUCUCAAAAAGAUUAAUGUCUAAUCAAACCAAGGUCACCAACUUAACUCAAUUAAAUAGUGUUAUUUUCCGUGAACAUGCUACUGAUGCACUUGGUAAGAGAUUAUUCACUUUGUUCCCUGGUUUAGGAUAUGCUGCUUGCUACAAGAUCUUACAAAGAGUUUAUAAAUAUGGUGGACAACCAUUUGCUAAUGAAUUCUUAACUAAGAAUUUUAAGGAUGGUUAUGACACUGCUUUUGGUCCUAAGACUGGUAAGGCCAUGUUAAGUGCUACUGCUGGUUCCUUAAUUGGUAUUGGUGAAGUUGUUUUAUUACCAUUGGAUGUGUUAAAGAUUAAAAGACAAACCAACCCUGAAUCCUUCAAAGGAAGAGGGUUCUUGAAGAUCAUUACUGAUGAAGGAUUUGGUUUAUACAGAGGUUGGGGUUGGACCAUGGCUCGUAAUGCUCCUGGUUCUUUUGCAUUAUUUGGUGGUAACUCAUUUGCUAAGGAAUAUAUUUUCCAUUUACAAGAUUAUAGUCAAGCUACUUGGGCUCAAAACUUUAUUACAUCCAUUGUUGGUGCUAGUGCUUCUUUAAUAGUUUCUGCUCCUUUAGAUGUGAUUAAGACAAGAAUUCAAAAUAAGAACUUUGAUAACCCAGAAUCUGGUUUCACUAUUUUAAAGAAUAUGGCUAAAAAUGAAGGUAUCUCAGCUUUCUUCAAAGGUUUGACUCCUAAAUUGUUGACUACUGGUCCAAAGUUGGUGUUCUCAUUUGCACUUGCACAAACAUUGAUUCCUGCCUUUGACAAAAUGUUGAAGUAG